AUGAACAGCACCGACUGCCUGCCGUCAGGGUUGGAUCAGAGCACGCUAGAAAAGGCAGGAGCAACGACUCGCUUGGGUCGCAGAGAGUUACGGCCCGAGGAGCGGCUCUGCCACGGCCGGCUGGGCGCAGGACCAGCCUGGGGACCGCCACUCACCGCGGCCUCCCCAGCGGCUGUGUCAUCAGCGCUCCUCGGUCGACCUCGUGUGUCCCGCGCGGCUCCCCGCAGACCCGGCUUCCUGCCGCCGCCGCCGCCGGAGACCCCGGAAACGUGCCAGCAAGACGGCUUCCGGCAGGCGCCCGCGGCCGGGGACACGGCGCCUCUGAGGUCAGGAGGCUGGGCCCAGUUCUCAGCCUUCCCGGGUCCCCGCGCCCCUCCGGGCCGCCUUCCUGCCUGCCCACGCCAGACACUCCAAAGGCCACCGACGCCAUCUCUGAAACACAGGGAGCACCGGGGGGACGAGGCGGCCCUCGCCCGGGGAGCGCCCCAGGCCGGCGGGGCUGGCCGAGUCCUCGCGGAGGGCAGGGGGCUGAGUGCCCGCCCGCGCCAGGAGGGCGCCCACGCCUGUCCCGCCCGCAGCCGGACCCCCAGGGAGCCAGGCCCCACCGGCGGGCCCGCCUGCGGCUCUGAGCGGAAACACGCCCCUCGCAGGACCGAGGGCAUUUUUGCUGUGUGGCCCGGGCUAGACCGUCACCUAGGCGAUCAUUCUCACUCACCGUGA